CAAAGCCUAAACUGGCUAACUAGAUCGCGAUUUUGUUAUUAGCUGUAUCACGUACACAAAAAAUACUUUGACCCAGCCGGAAAUUAUUUGGUUUAGUGCUACCACCAGUGCUGGUGACAAACGGGUGAUUGACCGGUGCAGUGGACAAACAGGCGACUGACCAGUCCAGUGGACAAGCGUGCGAGUGACCAUAAAGGAAGGAAUUCGUUUGACUGUGUGAAAUAAUGAAGCUGUCACCGAGAGAAGUGGAAGGCCUCCUGUUAAAUACGGCGGGUUGCUUGGCGCAGAGAAGACUGGCAAGGGGGUUGCGUCUGAAUUACCCAGAGGCAGUAGCCUUGAUUGCAAGUCAGAUCCAAGAGCUGGCCCGCGAUGGAAAGACUGUCUCGGAGCUAAUGUCCGUUGGACGGUGUAUUCUGGGCCGAAUCCACGUUUUGCCAAAUGUUGGCCAUAUGAUGGAACAGGUUCAAGUGGAGGCCACAUUUCCUGAUGGGACGAAACUGGUGACAGUACACAGCCCGAUAUCAAGUCAAGAUGGCGAUCUUCAAAUGGCUUUCUAUGGAAGUUUCCUUCCUGUUCCAAGCAAUGAAGUGUUCCAGGACAAACAGAUGGGCGACGACAGCGUUGUCGACGCUAAACUGGACGUAAUUCCGGGCGAGUUGUUUCCGUGCGAGAGAUCCAUCCAGCUGAACGGUGAUAAAGAUCGCGUUACACUCAGCGUCAAGAGCUUCUGUGACCGGCCCAUCCAGGUAGGGAGUCAUUUUCCCUUCAUCGAGGUGAACAAGGCACUGGAGUUUGAUCGACUUGCAGCUUACGGCAGGAGACUGGAUAUUGCAGCGGGAACAGCGAUCCGCUUUGAGCCUGGUGAUGAAAUGAACGUGUCUCUAGUUGAGAUCGGGGGAAACAGGAUUGUUCGUGGUGGUAAUGGUAUUUGUGAUGGACAUGUCGAUAAGAAAAAUCUACCAGCUAUUGAAGCAAAGAUCAAGAAGCAAGGAUUUAGACACAAGACAUCGACUUCUAUUAGUCGUGCCACGCCAACCACCAUUACGGGUUUCAAGUACAUACACACGUUUGGUCCGACUAAAGGCGACAAGGUUCGUCUUGGCGACACCGACCUCGUCAUAGAGGUGGAGAGAGAUCUGCUGCAUUACGGGGAUGAACUCAAGUUCGGUGGAGGAAAGGUGUUACGAGAAGGGAUGGGCCAGGCCGCCAAUCGCCGGUGUUCCGAGACGUUGGAUUGUGUGAUCACCAACGCUCUUAUCGUGGAUGCUGUGACUGGCAUCGUCAAGGCUGACGUCGGGAUAAAGGAUGGCUUGAUCGCAGGUAUCGGCAAGGCUGGAAAUCCAGAUAUUAUGGACGGUGUGCAUCCUAAAAUGGUAGUCGGCGCUGGGACUGAAGCCAUAGCAGGGGAGGGACUCAUACUGACCGCCGGGGGACUGGAUGGUCACGUGCACUUCAUAUGUCCCCAGCUGGCGCGAGAAGCCAUCGCUUCAGGUUUGACCACCAUGUUUGGUGGAGGCACGGGUCCUGCCUCUGGGACUAAAGCUACGACCUGCACUCCUGGUCCCAACAACAUCAAGUUUAUGCUUCAAAGUACAGAUGUUUUUCCUCUGAAUUUCGGCUUCACCGGAAAAGGAAACACGUCAGUGUCUAGUGGAAUUGCUCAAGAUCUAGAAGACCAGAUCCUUGCUGGAGCAAUGGGACUGAAGCUACACGAGGACUGGGGCACGACACCGUCUGCUAUAGACACGUGUCUGAGAGCAGCAGACAAACACGACGUCCAGGUUAUGAUUCACACAGACACACUCAACGAAUCCGCCUGUGUCGAUCAGAGUGUGGAGGCGUUCAAGGGGCGGACAAUCCACACCUACCACACAGAGGGCGCUGGCGGUGGCCACGCCCCGGACAUCAUCAAGGUGUGUGGGUUGGAGAACGUGCUGCCGUCGUCGACGAACCCGACAAGGCCGUACACGUCCAACACGAUAGAGGAGCACCUCGACAUGCUCAUGGUGUGCCACCAUCUCGACCCAAAUUUGAAAGAAGAUGUUGCUUUUGCCGAGUCGCGAAUUCGAGCUGAGACAAUCGCCGCUGAAGACAUUCUACACGACAUGGGAGCGAUCAGUAUGAUGGCCUCGGACUCACAGGCGAUGGGUCGAGUGGGUGAGGUGAUCACUCGCACGUGGCAGACGGCGGACAAGAUGAAGCGCUUCAGAGGUCGUCUGGCUGAAGAAAAGGGACAGAACGACAAUGCGCGAGUUCUCCGAUAUAUCGCCAAAUACACCGUCAACGCCGCCAUCGCACACGGCAUGUCGCAUGUGAUCGGAUCCGUCGAGGUUAACAAGAUGGCCGACCUGGUGCUGUGGGACCCAGCUUUCUUUGGGGCCAAACCGGAAAUGAUAAUCAAGGGAGGACAGAUUGCUUGGGCUCAGAUGGGCAUGCCGAACGCGUCAAUACCCACACCCCAGCCCGUGAAACAGCGGAAGAUGUUCGGGGCCUAUGGAAAAGCUGUGGGGCCUCAGUCUGUUGUGUUUGUGUCCCAGGCUUCGAUAGACAACGGCGUGGUGGCUGGCUAUGGGCUGAGUAAGAAUGCGGUGGCGGUGAAGGGGUGUCGAGACAUUAACAAGAAAAAUAUGAUCAGGAACAAUUACUGUCCUCUCUUAGAAGUGAAUCCAGAAACAUACAAGGUGCACAUUCUGGACAACACGACAAAAGAAAAAGUAGACUAUUUGACUUGUCCUCCUUCUCAACGAUUGGCUCUCGCGCAGCGGUACUUCCUCUUCUGAUUGGUUAAUAAUUAUACUAGGAAGACAUCGAUUGGUUGUCGCGCAGUGAUAUUCCUCUUCUGAUUGGUUAAUAAUUAUACUAGGAAGACACCGAUUGGUUGACGCGCAUCGUUACUACCUCAUCUGAUUGGUUAAUAAAAUUAUACUAGGAGGACCCAGAUUGACUCUAGCACACAAUAUUUUUUCUUUUGCCAAAAUAAUACGCUAGACUGCUGUGAUGGUUUUGACGAAUAUGUUAAAUUGCAAGAUGUUUUGAGCAUGAGCCUUGCUUGUUUCCCGGAAAUUCAAAUGAUGUGCCCAGGACAUGGGUGCUUGAACCUAAAGUGUAUGUUAACACCUGGUUGAUUCAUCGAAUCAUCAGUAACAGAGAGUUGUGUAAAAUUAAACAGGCACGGCGGAGGGGGGAGACUGGGGGGCUCUAACUUUGCAUCCUCGAUCUCAGUCAUUACCCCCCCCCCCCCCCCCCCCCCCCCCC